AUGCCUGAGGCUCAAGCUUUUCUGGAGAUUCUGAAGCAAAAACGACCUGAAUUGCUAAGGUUUUUACCCGCGGAGCUGUUGCUGGUGCACCCCAAGCCGAGCGUUGUGGGGGACGACCCGUCUUGGCGGCUAGAGCGCGUGCCUUUCAGCCGCCUGAGCCUUGCCAGCUGUCGGCGUGACUACAUCCGCUGUGGCCGGCCGUUGAUCAUCGAGGGCCUUGGACCUCACCUGCUGUCGCAAGAGAGUUGCCAUCUUUCGCGCGAUUUUCUAAGUCGCCACUUUGGUGAGAAGAUGGUGGCCGUGUUUCGGAACUUCCGGGAGCCAAAGCUGAGGGACGCGGAGGACCAGAUGGAGCUGAUGCGUCUUUCUGAGGCGAUUGGAGCACUUCAACGUGGUGGAUCGGAGGGUCUGUAUCUUUACGACGUCUCUCUUCCGCUGAAAUUGCCUGGGCUUUUGGAACACGUGAAGCUGCCACGAUAUUUCACGCACUGCUACUUGCAGCAGACCAUGAGGCGCGCUGGCUGCACUGCUGCACUUCCAAGAUGGAUCGGGGUCCAACAAAUGUUGGGCUCUUAG